UAAAGGAUAUCUAUGGGACCAUUUUCAGUGGAUUACAGCUUAGGUAGUGAUAACAUUGCCCAUAAUUGUGUUAUCCUCUCAUUGCUGCAAGAUAUCUGCCCUCUUUUUUGCCUUCAUCCCUGCAACUGCAAGAGAUUUUGAUAAAAAUGGCAUACAAUCUUCAAUCCCUCAUCACCAUCCUACAACAAAUCCUUCAUCCAGAGCAAACCCACUGGACUUUCGAUCACAACAAACCCCAACUCGAAUCCCUACUCCAGAAAGCUGAAUCUCUGAUGCAAAUUCUUGAGAAGUCGUCACACACCCAAAUAGCAAGUUUUGAGAGCCAAAUCAGAGAUACAGUGUUUAAAACAGAAGAUCUUAUUGAAUCACAGAUGGUUCAUCAAAUGCUUUCCCACCUAGAGAGUGAGAGCUUGACCUUUUCCACACCAGAUCUGCAUCAAGUCACUCAAGAGCUGGAUUCUGCAGUGGUUUUGAUGGCUGAGAAGAGGACGUCUUCAUCAGAUUUGCAGCAAGCAACUCAACAACUUGAACCUAUGAAGCUCGUGGAAGAAUUGGAGGAAAACAGUGCUUAUUCCUCGAGAUCUAAGAAUGAUUUGGUGGGAGUUGAUGCAAUUCUAUUGGAGUUGAAGGUUUGUCUCACGAAUAUGGAGAGGAAGGUGGAGAUCAUCCCCAUCGUUGGUAUGGGUGGGAUUGGUAAGUCUACCCUUGCUCGAAAUCUUUAUGACGAUGCAUGUAUUGUUUCCCACUUUGAUUAUCGUGGGUGGGCUGCUAUUUCACAAGUUCCAAAUGUGCGAGAAAUUAUGUUGAGCCUUCUUCGUGGCCAGGAUGAAAAGGUCGGUGAUCAACUGAUUGGAUGCGGAGAAUAUGAGUUGAGAGAAAUCUUGCAUAAGAGAUUGUUUGGGCGAAGAUAUAUGAUUGUGUUGGAUGAUAUAUGGAGCACGAAAGUCUGGGACGAGAUAAGGAUGUAUUUCCCGGACAAUAGUAAUGGGAGUCGGAUUGUGAUCACCACUAGAGAGUCUGAUGCGGCUUUUUAUGUUGCGGGCUCGAAGAGUCUGCAUCAUGUGCGGCUGCUGAACAAGUCUGCCAGUCGGGAUCUACUUUGUCGCAUUGCGUUUGGAGAAGAGGUUUGCCCUGGUGAAUUGCAAGGGGUGGCGGCUAGGAUUGGGAGUGAUUGCAGUGGGCUUCCUCUUGCCAUUCAUGUGAUUGGAGGGCUUUUGUCAAAGGUUGAAAGGUCAAGAGAUGUUUGGGAGAAUGUUUCAACGGAUGUAAAAGCUUCAAUUGUUGAAUCGGAUGAGCAUUUCUCAAAUAUAUUAUACUUGAGUUAUAACCACUUGCCAAUUCACUUGAAACCAUGUUUCUUGUAUAUGGGAGCUUUUCCUGAAGAUUAUGAGAUUAAGGGAUCUAGACUUAAGAGUUUGUGGAUAGCCGAGGGAUUUGUGAAAUCCAAGGGAGAUAAGAGUUUGGAGGAAGAGGCCGAGGAUUACUUAAAAGCUCUGGUGGAGAGGAAUCUACUUUUGGUUAGACGAAAAAAGUACAAUGGGAAACCGGUGAGUUACUCUAUCCAUGAUCUUUUGAGGGAUCUAUGCUUAAGGAAGGCUAACGAGGAAAAGUUUUUAAACCUCAAGGAUUCCAUGCAUCGUGUAAGUGUACACUCGUCUUCUGAGAUAGAAGAUGUAUGUGCUUCACCACAAUUGAUGUCCUUUGCUCGAUCUUUUAUAUGCACUGGGAAGAAGAUUGCGUCUCCUGUGUUUUCCAUGUUAAGAUUGGUUAGGGUGCUAGAUGUAAUGGGAAUCGAAUACAAAGAGUUCCCAAAAGAAAUACUUCAACUUAUCAACCUACGCUACUUAGCUUUCUCCUGCACUUCAGGUUUACCUAUUGGAAUAUCAAGAUUGUGGAAUCUGCAAACCUUGAUUUGUAGGCAAGGAAUGAUGCUUAGUUUACCUUUUGAGAUAUGGGAGAUGUCUGAAUUAAGACGUCUCAGGUUGGUAAUGUUAAUUGAAAUUGGAGAAGAAUACAGGUUUAAAUAUGUUCAUAAGAAGCUGUAUAAGAUAUACUUUGUGAGGAUAACUCCUUCAAUGAUUAGGAAUGGUUUCUUUGAGACCAUCCCUAAUAUCAUAAGCUUAGGAAUCCAUUUCGAAGACAUUGAAGUUGAUCUUAGUCAUCUUCACAAACUCGAAAUUUUAAGAUGCCAUACCAACUUGAAUAAAGAUGCUUGCUGUUUUCUACACAAACUCAGAUUUCCAUGUAAUAUUAGAAAGUUAGUUCUAAAUGAAUGUGCAGUAGCUCAGAGUUUCUUGACAACUCUUUGUGCACUACCGAAUCUAGAAGUGCUCAAAAUAAGGUCUUGUAUGUUUGAAAGAGACAGAGAGGCAGAGGAAGAAGAGUGGGAGAUGGCAGAAGGAGAUGAAUUCCGUUCACUGCAGUUUCUGAGACUCUCUUCCUUGAAUAUAGAGCGUUGGAAAGCCAACGAGACCAACUACCCUAACCUCCAGGUGCUGUAUGUAAUCGAUUGCAAAGAGCUAGAGGAAAUACCCUGCGAUAUUGGAGAUAUCCCAACCCUUCAAACAAUUUUAGUAUAUAAAUGUGGCUCCUCUGUCGUGGCCUCAGCGCAAGAUAUUCACAAGGUUCAGCAAGAGGAGUACGGCAAUUACGACCUCAAAGUGCUCAUACCUUAUUAGAAGCCAAAAGCUCGAAUAGUUCCAGCAUAACACAAGAAUCACUUGUGGCUCGAGCUAAACGUAUGUAGCGUAAUAAAAGGUAAUCAAUGUUUAUGUCUGUUAGAUUUGGGUUUGGUAUUGUCUAGCUAUGUAGUUUUGUUACGGGACGUCCAUCGGCAAGGCUAAAGGAGACUAGUCUACAGCAGGAUGGAGAGAUCAGCGCGGACACCAACGUGUCGGAAGAGCAGCAGCCGGUGGUGGCGCCGGUGAGGCGUGAGGGGUCGGAGCGUCGUCAAACUUAACCUCCGUCCCGCUAUGGGGAUUUUGUGCCUCGCUGAGAUGGAAGGGAAUGUUUAUUUUGAGUCUUUUAAUUAUUGUAAUUACUUUAAUUAUGGUAUUAUUAUUAUUUAUUCAUUGAGCGUACGUUAAGUUCA